AUGACCAACAAACCAGGGAGCCGGCCAUUCAUUCGUUGCUCCGAACGCCAUGGUGAACCCUCCUCGCCCACCGCCGUAGCCAGCCCCUUGUGGGCCGUUUUUAUCAACUCUCUCCCCCCUCCUCUAGUUGGCCAUCAUGGCGAUGGCAGACGUGUGCGUGCGGUACUUGCGGCACUUGCGGCAGUGCGUGCGGGACGAGGCGGCCGUCAUGGAGUUGUUGUGCUACGUGUUGGUGGUGUGGGGCCUGGCCGUCGCCCUCUCCCUGCAGUUCGUCAGCGCGCCGUACGGACGUUACUCGCGGGAGGGCUUCGGCAUCCGGAUACCCGUCAAGCUGGCCUGGUUCUUACAGGAGCUACCCUCCUUGCUGGUGCCGCUGUAUCUGAUAAACUUUUCUGUCAAUCCCAUGAUCGGUCAGUGGAGGAACCAAGUGGCGUUGGCUCUCUUUUUGCUUCAUUAUGUGCAAAGAACUUUUAUAUUCCCGUUUUUGAUCAAGGAGGAAAACCAACUCCUCUCUUCCCAUUUGUAGCAGCAUUUAUCUUCUGUUUGCUGAAUGGGUAUGUGCAAGCUGGACAUCUUCUUAAGUAUGCAGACCUACAAAAAACUGUUUCACAAGUGCAGUUUUACACAGGUAUUGUGGUUUUCUUUGUUGGGAUGGCAAUAAAUAUUCACUCUGAUCACAUCUUAAGAUGUUUGCGCAAGACAGGGGAAAGUGGAUACAAAAUACCAUUUGGAGGAAUGUUUGAGUAUGUGUCUGGUGCCAACUUUUUGGGAGAAAUGUUAGAAUGGUCUGGCUUUGCCAUCAUGUGUGGGACGCUGCCAACCUUAGUCUUUGCCAUCUUCACUGCAUGCAAUGUUGGACCCCGCGCUUGCCACCAUCACAGGUGGUAUCUGGAAAAGUUCAAAGAUUAUCCAAGAAGCAGAAAAGCUUUAAUACCAUAUGUAUUAUAAUUGAGAACUGCCUGCACUGCUUAUCACUAUUUUUUUUGCUUCAGAGAUUCUCAUUCAAUGUUUCUUGACCUAAUCGGACAUUAACCCAUUCAGCAGUGCUUACUGCAUUGGCUGUGAAGAUUAUUUGCAAUGAAUGAGUAUGAAAGUUAUUUCCCUCUCAUAUCUUACAUUUAAUGUCUGUUAUUUAAUUCACAACCAUGAAUUAAAAUUAUGUUUUCUAAUCAGCUGCUGUAGGAAUUAAGUUCUUUUGAAUGCUGUAGUUUGAAAAAAAUGAAUUUAUCACAUAAACGAAAGAAACUCAUCUAGUUCAAUAUGUUUUACUAUUUCUUUUAGUCUACUUGUUCAAGUAAACAUACACAA